AUGGGAUGUAGCGGGCGGCUGCUGGGAGCCGCCGGGGGCCGCCGCGCCUCGCUGCUCCUCACCAUGAUCCUGUUCUUCACCUACUUCUUCUCCUGCCUGCCCGGGCCCUGCGAGCCGCUGCCGCCCGCGCUGCUGCUGCCGCCGCCCGCCGCGCUGCCCGCGGGCCCGGGGGAGGCGGCGGCGGGCGCGGGGGGCGCGGGGGGCGGCAGCCGCCGCUUCCCCCAGGCCAUCAUCGUGGGCGUGAAGAAGGGCGGGACGCGGGCGCUGCUCGAGUUCCUGCGGGCGCACCCCGGGGUGCGGGCGGUGGGCGCCGAGCCCCACUUCUUCGACAGGUGCUACGAGAAGGGGCUGCGCUGGUACAGGAGCCUGAUGCCACGGACCCUGGACGGACAGAUCACCAUGGAGAAGACCCCCAGCUACUUUGUGACCAAGGAGGCCCCGCGGCGCAUCCACAGCAUGUCCCGGGACACGAAGCUGAUCGUGGUGGUGCGCGACCCCGUCACCCGCGCCAUCUCGGACUACACGCAGACCCUGUCCAAAAACCCCUCCAUCCCCAGCUUCCAGGCCCUGGCCUUCAAAAACCUCAGCACGGGACUGAUCGACACCAGCUGGAGCGCAGUGAGGAUCGGCAUCUACGCCAAGCACCUGGAGAACUGGCUGCAGUUCUUCCCCCUCUCCAGGUUCCUCUUCGUCAGCGGGGAGAGGCUGGUCAGCGACCCCGCCGGGGAGAUGGGCCGUGUCCAGGACUUCCUGGGGCUCCAGAGGCUGGUGACAGACAGACAUUUCUACUUUAACGAGACCAAGGGCUUUCCCUGCCUGAAGAAGCCGGAGGGGGGGAGCAAACCCCGCUGCCUGGGCAAGUCCAAGGGGCGGCCGCACCCCACCAUCGACGGGCAGGUGGUGCAGCGCCUGCGCGAGUUCUACAGACCCUUCAACAUGAAGUUCUACCAGAUGACAGGGCAGGAUUUUGGGUGGGACUGA